ACCCCGUGGCAAAAUUAGGAAACCCCUGACAUCCAUCUUUCGUCUCCUCCAGAGGGUUAAGUGAAAAAGUUUUCUGUACGUGAAAAACAGCAAUUUCUCUGCAAUCAUGAUGCAAGGAAUGACCCCAUCCACCCUGAAGAAGCACCCGGCGCUGAUCCCGCUGUACGUGUGCACGGCACUGGGAAUGUGCGGAGCUCUGUACUACACCCUUCGCCUGGCCACCCGUAAUCCCGAUGUGACCUGGAACCGCUCCUCAAACCCAGAGCCAUGGCAAGAGUAUUCGGACAAGCAGUACAAGUUCUACUCACCUGUCCGGGACUACUCCAAGUCUCACAGCCCGGCUCCCAAGUACACUGAGUAAAGGACUACAUCCCAAAUGAUAAAUCUCUCGUGGGUUUAAUCCACUUUUCAACUGUAGUCAAAUGUCGGAGAGAAAAUAG